AUGCUCUUAAACCUCAGUCCUCAUAGUGUUAUCGCCGUGGGUGUACUGCUUUCUACGCUAGCCUCGGUCGCCGUGGGCCUACGAUUCUUGACUCACUUGUUAUGGGGACUUGGAAUCACAGACAUUGCUGGCGCAGCGUUAGGGGCGUUGGAUGCUCAUUCGGAGCGGCCAGGUCCCAAUGCGCCUCAUCAGAAUACAAUUCUUAGAGGACCUGAAGAUGAGGUUGCCGAGCAGGCAUGCAAUACACUAAUUUUUCUAUUCUCAUACCCUAGAGAAUGCACUGACUCGGCUUAG